AUGGUGAGCGUGGGGGAGCCUGCUGAGAAAUACCUGGAACUGGGGCAGAUUGGCCAAGGGACCAGAAUGACCUCCUGCUUGCAAAAUGUGUUUAAUAAUAACAAUGAUGAUGAUGAUGAUGAUCAUCAUCAGAGUGGUGGUAAACUAAGGCCAUUUGAGAAGACUGUGGCCAUAAAGAAAAUGAGUCUCGGAGAGCAGAACAGGGAACGAGCUGUGAAUGAGAUCCUGGUCCUGCAAGGCAAGAAGAACCCCAACAUUGUCAACUCUUUGGACAGCUUCCUUGUUGAUGAAGAUCUCUGGCUGGUGAUGGAAUACAUGGAUGGAGGAACUUUGCAGGACAUUGUCACACAGACACGCAUGGCUGAAGGAGAGAUGGCAGCUGUCAGUCGGGAGUGUCUGCAGGGCCUGGAUUUCCUCCAUUCCAACCGGGUGAUCCACAGAGAUCUGAAGAGCUCCAACAUCCUUCUGGGAAUGGACGGCUCUGUCAAACUGGCUGAUUUUGGCCUCUGCGCUCAGCUCAGCCCUGAGCAGGACCAGUGCAGCUCCAUGGUGGGCACUGCUCACUGGAUGGCCCCAGAAGUUGUGACCAGUUCUCCUUAUGGCCCCAAGGUGGACAUCUGGUCUUUUGGUAUUGUGACCAUCGAGAUGGUGGAAGGAGAACCUCCUUACUUCAAGCAAACAGGGGCUAUGGCUCGCGCUCUGAUCCGGCAGAACGGGACCCCGCAGCUGCAGGAGCCCAGGCGCCUGUCGGCUCUGCUGCGGGACUUCCUCGAGUGCAGCCUGGAGCCGGACGAGGAGCGGCGCUUCUCUGCCCAGGAGCUGCUGCAGGUGAAUGCGAAGCGGCUGCAGGGGAAACAGCAGCGCAAGGGAGGGAGGAACCGGGACGAGCCGGCGCUGCUCCGGCACCGGCUCCGGCCGAGCUCCCAGUGGGAAGGAGACCGCGGGCAGCCGCUCCCGCAGCGCCCCCAGCCCAGGGGCAACACGGGCCGGGCACGGGACAACGAACCCGACAGAGCCCCCCGCCGCCCCCUCCGCCCGCAGCGAGCCCCGAGCCCCCGCAGAACCGAGCGCGGCUCCCACCUGCGCUGGGGCCGCCUCCGAGCUCCACCGCCGCUCCCGGGCCCGCACACACGCUCCGGCAAUGGCGCCUUAGCUCCGCCAGGGGCGCUCUGGGGGCGGCACCGGGGCCGGGCUUCUCCCCGCUCUGCCCAAUCAGCGCGGCAGAACGAGGAGUGA